AUGCAACGACUACCGGUAGAAGUAGCUGAACGAAUUAUUACCAAUCUUUCAGAUAAAGACCUAUUUAUUGGAAGUUCAGUAUGCCGAGUGUGGUGGCAAAUUGUUCGUCAAGAAGCAUAUAAGAGGUGGAAGAAAUAUGCUUGCAGGAUUGGAGAUAUAUAUAAGGAAAUCCAAGCUAUAAGAGAGCGGGAACAGAAAGAAGAAAUCGAGUGGCAAGAGGCUAGUUAUGCAGUAGAAAAACUUAAUAACUGUAUGGGCACCUUUACUGGAAAUCAGGUGUAUAUCAUAAAUAAGAUGCUUAAAUAUGAGAUGAUUGUAGAUCCCCAGGAAAGGGAAAUUAUCAAAUAUACAUCAAGUGAAUUUAACUGGGGAGGAGAUCCUUGGAGAUUUGACUGGGAGUGGAAUGAGUGGACUCAACAGGAAUAA